CUCAGGCGCGGCGGCGCGCCCGGGGGGGUGGGUGGCUGAGGCGGCGGCGGCGGCGGCCGCAAGGCGUGAGGCGCCGCCCUGGUGUGCCCGCGGCGCAGGAGGCGGCGGAGCGCAUAGCGGGCGAACGCGAAAAAUCACUACCAAUAUAAUGGAUUUUAUAUAUCAGAUUGCUUUAUUCUGGAUAUCAUGGUAACAAUACAGAAAGUAUACAUAAUUUCCCAUUUCUGCAAGUAGUCAUGACUGCUGAAGAAAGAAAAACUUAAAGCUACGGCAGAAUUAUUUGGGUAACUUUUAUGGAAAUUCUGAUUUUGUUUUUAAUUUUUGAUAACUUUUUACUAAAGGUAUGAACACACAAAGAGCUUAUUUUGUUAGGCAAAUACACAUUAAUAAGAAUGCCUAGAAGAGGACUGAUUCUUCACACCCGGACCCACUGGUUGCUGUUGGGCCUCGCUUUGCUCUGCAGUUUGGUAUUAUUUAUGUACCUCCUGGAAUGUGCCCCCCAGACUGAUGGAAAUGCAUCUCUUCCUGGUGUUGUUGGGGAAAAUUAUGGUAAAGAGUAUUAUCAAGCCCUCCUACAGGAACAAGAAGAACAUUAUCAGACCAGGGCAACCAGUCUGAAACGCCAAAUUGCCCAACUAAAACAAGAAUUACAAGAAAUGAGUGAGAAGAUGAAGUCAUUGCAAGAAAGAAAGAAUGUAGGGGCUAAUGGCAUAGGCUAUCAGAGCAACAAAGAGCAAGCACCUAGUGAUCUUUUAGAGUUUCUUCAUUCCCAAAUUGACAAAGCUGAAGUUAGCAUAGGGGCCAAACUACCGAGUGAGUAUGGGGUCAUUCCCUUUGAAAGUUUUACCUUAAUGAAAGUAUUUCAAUUGGAAAUGGGUCUCACUCGCCAUCCUGAAGAAAAGCCAGUUAGAAAAGACAAACGAGAUGAAUUGGUGGAAGUUAUUGAAGCGGGCUUGGAGGUCAUUAAUAAUCCUGAUGAAGAUGAUGAACAAGAAGAUGAGGAGGGUCCCCUUGGAGAGAAACUGAUAUUUAAUGAAAAUGACUUCGUAGAAGGUUAUUAUCGCACCGAGAGAGAUAAGGGCACGCAAUAUGAACUCUUUUUCAAGAAAGCAGACCUUAUGGAAUAUAGACAUGUGACCCUCUUCCGCCCUUUUGGACCUCUCAUGAAAGUGAAGAGUGAGAUGAUUGACAUCACUAGAUCAAUUAUUAAUAUCAUUGUGCCACUUGCUGAAAGAACUGAAGCAUUUGUACAGUUUAUGCAGAACUUCAGGGAUGUUUGUAUUCAUCAAGACAAGAAGAUUCAUCUCACAGUGGUAUAUUUUGGUAAAGAAGGACUGUCUAAAGUCAAGUCUAUCCUAGAAUCUGUCACAAGUGAGUCUAAUUUUCACAAUUACACCUUGGUCUCGUUGAAUGAAGAAUUUAAUCGUGGACGAGGACUAAAUGUGGGUGCCCGAGCUUGGGACAAGGGAGAGGUCUUGAUGUUUUUCUGUGAUGUUGAUAUCUAUUUCUCAGCCGAAUUCCUUAACAGCUGCCGGUUAAAUGCUGAGCCAGGUAAGAAGGUGUUUUACCCUGUGGUGUUCAGUCUUUACAAUCCUGCCAUUGUUUAUGCCAACCAGGAAGUGCCACCACCUGUGGAGCAGCAGCUGGUUCACAAAAAGGAUUCUGGCUUUUGGCGAGAUUUUGGCUUUGGAAUGACUUGUCAGUAUCGUUCAGAUUUCCUGACCAUUGGUGGAUUUGACAUGGAAGUGAAAGGUUGGGGUGGAGAAGAUGUUCAUCUUUAUCGAAAAUACUUACAUGGUGACCUCAUUGUGAUUCGGACUCCGGUUCCUGGUCUUUUCCACCUCUGGCAUGAAAAGCGCUGUGCUGAUGAGCUGACCCCCGAGCAGUACCGCAUGUGCAUCCAGUCUAAAGCCAUGAAUGAAGCCUCUCACUCCCACCUGGGAAUGCUGGUCUUCAGGGAGGAAAUAGAGACGCAUCUUCAUAAACAGGCAUACAGGACAAACAGCGAAGCUGUUGGUUGAAAUCAUAAUUAAUGCAUUACUGUGUGAAUCACAAACCAGCACUAUUUAUUUAGCCUUACUUCUACUUCCAGAUGCAGUGCCUCUUUUGGAGAAGACAUGUUUAUUUUUCAUGUUCUUUCUGACAUUACUUUAGCAAUUCAACUUGAUGUGAAAAGAAAAAACAAAUGUUUCAACACGAAGUCUCUGUUUUGUGAGAAUACUGCACUAUGGAAUAAUUGACAAGUUGAAAUCUCGUAUUUGUCCCAAAAGUUGUUUUGAGUUAGUUCUACCUGGUGCCCAUGUUCUGAUUGUGUGUGGGAUUGCAUGGUGUCCUGAUUGCAUCUAGGUGGAGCAGAUGGAAUGUGCUGGGCCACUGUUGGGUGGAGAGCAGCAUAUUCUUACAGAGGCGAUGGAGUGUUACAAGCAUAGUGUGUGGACAGGUAUCUUCACCUGCCCGCACCUGAGUCAGCCUCCUUGAUUUGAUAGCCUGAAGAAUCUUUUUCCACUGAAGUAGAGGAUAAUUAAUUGACACAUCUGAAAUCCCCAAUCAAGCAAGAGAAAGGUAGAAAUAAAAACUCCUUAACUUACUGUUGCUUACACCCCUGAAAGUCUGUUUUUAAGCAAAUGGGUAAUAGUAGAAAAUAGGUUAGAAUCUAUGGCUUGAUAUAAAAUAUAAUGUUAUUACAUUAUCAUGUUCAGGAUUAGGAUUAGUAGUCAGUUGCUGUAAACUAUUUUGAACGAACAGAAAAGAACACAGAAACAUUUUUAACAGAACAUUUAAUUAUGUUGGAGUACAGGAUCCUAGCUCUGUCUGGGAACAUUAGUUUAUGUGAGCCAGCUCUAUCAGGGUCUUCCCGUGGUGGUUCAGAAUAGAUGAGCAUAGCAUGGUUUUGUUUGUUUUUGCUUUCGAUUUUCUCAUUUGGCAUGGAUCCAUAUGUAUUUACUAUCCUUUUUUCUAAUAUAUUAAUAUAUGCUACAUUCGUCUUUGCAUUACUAUAAUACUUUGAGUUGAAAAAGAGUUUCAUUGUGGAGAGAAAAAGCAAAUGGUAUGCCACAAGAUCACUCUGAUUUGAGAAAAGGGAGGAGGGGAAGAUAGUCUGAAUGGAAAUCUGAAAUACGGAAUGUUUUAGAGAAAUAUAUCAUUUGCAUAUAGAAUGUUUUAAUUGAGGUAUAAAUUAAUGAGACAAAGUGAAGAAGAAAUUAUAUUCAGAUAGGACUGCACUACAUUAUUUGUCAUACAUGGAUCUGUUACCAUCAGGUCAAUUCCUAGUAUGCAUAAAUUUUUUAACCCUUUUCAAAGAGACCUAUGUUGAAAAUCCCUGAAAAUUCACUGAAGAAAAAUCAUUACUCUUUUUCUCAGUAAACCGUAUCAUCUGAAAUAUUACAAAUUUCAAAUUUCUAGGUGCUAUAUUCAAUAUUACAAUAACUCUUACCUAAUUAUUCUUACAAGUUUUAAGUUGUGGUAUUUUAAUGAUUUUUUUAAAAGAUGUGUGAAAUGUUCUCUGCAAAAUAAUUCAGGCCACUGUCUCCUUUUAUAUAUUAUUAUAAUUAUUUAUUAUGAAGACCAGUGAAUUAUGAUAUUUAAAGUGAGAGAACUUAAUUAUUUGCAAAGGUAAGUUACAGGUUGUUUUUUGAGAGAAUCAAAUGAGUUUACUUUUGUUCCUGUUGUUGUUUUUAAACUAGCUUUAAGUUUAGAGAUGGAAGCUAAGCAAUGGAAAUGUUAUACGUUUUUGACAUUUAUUAAAUGGUACCAAUAAAGUAUUUUAUUACCAAAAGUUAAAUGAAAA